AUGACACGCUCGAUCGCGGUCGGCGCGGCGCGGGCGUUCCCGGCCGGGACUGCGACCCGCGCGGACGCAUCGCCGUUCCGCGGCCGCCAUCGGAGGCUCGCCCGAGGCGAACGCCGACGCCCCCUACCGACGACGACGAAGGCGCUGGCGCGCCCCCGCAUCGCGGAGGAAGCGGCGGGCGACGGCGACGACGCCGCGCGGCUGGCGCGCGAGCUGGAGGCGAUGGUCGAGUCGACGCGAGCCGCCGGUGCGGGCGCGCGGAUACACGUCGUCGCCUUCUCCGGCGGCGUCGACUCCUCGCUCGUCGCGCACGUCGUCCACCGCGCGUUCGGCGCGGGCGACGACGACGACGACCGAUCCGACGCGUCACCGCGAUGCGUCGCCGCGAUCGGCGUGUCGCCCUCGCUGCCCCAGUCGCAACUCCAGAUCGCGCGCGACGUCGCCCGACACAUCGGAAUCCCCCUGUGGGAGCUGCGCACGAACGAGGGCGACGUUCCAGAGUACGUGGCCAACGACGGCGAGUCGUGCGCGCACUGCAAAAACACGCUCUACUCCACCCUGCGAGCCGUCGCCGCCGCCGCCGCCGCCGCCGACGCCGAAGCGGCUCCAUCCGACGUGGCUCCAUCCGCCGAGCAACACGUGGUCCUGUACAACGGCACAAACGCGGACGACCUCAAGGACCCGACGCGGCUCGGCAUCCUCGCCGCGGCGCACCACCGCGUGGAGUCUCCCGCGUGCCACCUGGACAAAACGCGAGUGCGGCGUUUAGCUCGAGCCGCGGGUUUACCAAACUGGAACCUCGCCGCCGCGCCGUGCCUCCGCUCCCGGCUCGCCCCAGGGGUCCACGCGACGCCCGAGCAGCUGGGCGCGGUGGAGGCGGCGGAGGCGGCGGUUCGCGUCGCGCUGAACGUGGGGCCGACGGAGAACAUGCGGGUGCGGGUGAUGAGCCGCGCGGGCGACUUGGCGUUGGCGACGCUGGAGCUGGACGCGUCGCGCGUUCAGGAGGUGGCGGUGGGCGGCGACGCGUUCGACGUCGUCUCCGCGGAGCUCGGCAAGCGCGGGAUGUGGCUGUCGGACGUGCGCGCCUUCGAAUCCGGGUCGGUGGCGAAGCGUUCCAGCUUCGCGGAGGAGGAGGAGGAGGACGACGGAGAUGCAAUUGCGUGGUCUUCGCUGUUCCUCGGGUUUGCCCCUUCCGUCGCCUCGUUCGGUGCCGCCCCGGGGCCGCUCGAGCGGUGGGACGCGGAGCAGUGCGAGAUCGCGCUGGCGGGAGGGGACGCGUUCGUGGUGUCGUUCGGCACGACGUGGUGCGGACCGUGUCACGUGCUGGAGCCCGAGCUGGAGACGCUGGCGAAGUUAACGUGGGAGUUUGACGACUCGAUCGCUGUGGCCAAGGUGGACGCGGAGGCUUCCCCGGCGGAGACGGCGUUGGCGGGAAGGCUCGGCGUGGACGCGUACCCGACGACGGUUUGGAUGCGGCACGGGCGGGAGGCGCACAGGGUCGAGGGCGCGCUACCCGCCGCCGCGCUGGUGCAGCUCACCGCUUCGAUCCUCAUGGAUGACGAAGUCGCGGAGGUGGCGCGAGCGACGCGUCCGGAGCUGUUCGCGCCGGUGCCCCUGGAGCCCUUCUGAUAG